AAAAGAAUGUAUCUGUCAACAAAAUUCAAUUUACAUAAUGAUUAUCAAAUUAUUGAACCAAAUAAAUGCCUAUAGUCCAAAGUCGCGUUCUCAAUAAAACGAUAUUCGAACAACCAUCAACAAAACAGCGAUUUUAGGUUACAUCUGUUUCCUGCAAAACAGAAGCACCGACGCGCAGUUGAAAGGGGAAAUAAACCCUUGGAUCCGAUUUUAAUCUCUGUGCUUUGGAGGAAAAAACAAGCUUUUAAGCUGCAGUUUUUUCAAACUUUUGUAUUAUCUGUUGAACAAUCAUGGAUCCGUCCAUGGAAACCCAAGAAACCGAUAACGCCGCUGAAAAAAGUGACAGUCGCGAGGAGGAUGAUCAUGGUCCGAGAGAAGAUUUUGGGAAAAUGCUUCAUGGAUGCGAGCAUUAUAGGAGACGGUGCAAAAUCAGAGCCCCUUGUUGCGACAAGGUUUUCACUUGUCGUCACUGUCACAAUGAAGCCACUAGUGCUUUGAGCAAUCCGAAAGAAAGGCAUGAAAUCGUCCGCCAGGAUGUAAAGCGAGUUGUUUGUGCAGUAUGUGAUGCCGAACAGGAGGUUGCUCGGAUUUGUUCGAAUUGUGGCAUCAAGUUCGGAGAAUACUUUUGUGAUAUAUGCAAAUUUUACGAUGACGACAUCGCUAAAGAGCAGUUUCAUUGUAAUGAAUGUGGCAUUUGUAGAGUUGGCGGUCGAGAGAACUACUUUCACUGCCCAAAGUGUGGAUCUUGCUAUUCGGUAGGUCUUCGAAAUAACCAUUUGUGUGUUGAAGACUCGAUGAAGAACCAUUGUCCCAUCUGUUAUGAGUUUCUGUUUGACUCGACCAAACAAACAACGAUUUUGAAGUGUGGGCAUACGAUGCAUGUGGAGUGUUAUGAAGAGAUGUUCAGCCAAAACCAGUACAUUCAUUCAUAUCGUUGUCCAAUCUGCUCCAAGUCAGUCUUGAAUAUGUCUAGAACCUGGGAAAGAUUAGACCAGGAGGUCCAAGCUACUCCAAUGCCUCAGGAAUAUCGUUAUGAAGUUCAAAUACUUUGCAAUGACUGCAACAACAGAAGCAUGGCAUUCUUUCACAUUUUCGGCCACAAAUGUGGGAAUUGUAAUUCGUACAACACUCGUGUGAUCACAAAUGGGGAUAAUCAGCAAAGGUAGCUGGUUAGAAACCGUGUCAUUCAGCAAAUUAUAUUCACUUAGAUUGGAUGAUAUUAUCAAAUUGUGUUUAUUUUUUUCCUAUUAUCUUUUAUCCAUUUUUGUUUUUUGGGCUUGUUGAUCUUUGUCAUUUGGAAGUUCUUUAUGCUAUGCAACAAGCAACUUACACCUAAUUUGUGAUUAAUUAAAUACUAGAAGUGAAUUUUGGAAAUUAAAAAAAAAAAAUGUAUUAUAAAACAGAAUAUGAAGUCUU